CCCGCCCGCCCGCCUCGGCGUCUGUGCAGCCGGGGAGCCGCGCGGGCAGCCGCCGCCAGCGCCGCCGCGGGACGCGCCUCGCCGCCGCCUCCUCCUCUUCCUCCUCCUCCGUGGCCCCUCUCCGGCACUGCCGCCACCCCCCUCCCUCCCCACCCUCUGCCCCGCCGCCUCCCUGCUCCUCCCGCCACCGCCAGCUCUAAGAUGCCCCGCUAUGAACUGGCUUUGAUCCUGAAAGCCAUGCAAAGGCCUGAGACUGCAGCUGUGCUGAAGCGCACUGUUGAGGCUCUUAUGGAGAAUGGAGCCGUUGUGAGGAACCUAGAAAACCUCGGAGAAAGGUCUCUACCUUAUAAAAUCUCCAAGCACAAACAGCGUCACAGAAGAGGAGGGUAUUUUUUGGUAGACUUUGAGGGCCCACCUUCGAUUGUAUCGACCAUGAUGGAUCAUUUAGGACGUGACAUUGAUGUAAUUAGACGUACUUUUUUAAAGCAUCCAGUAUCAAAGACAGAAGAAUGCAGUGGCAUAAUCCCAGUCAACUAUGAAGAUAAACUAACUGCCAAGAAGAAAUGAAUAUUCCAAAUAACAUGUUCAAAACAUUAAAAAAAAUUUUAGCCUUG